CGGGGAGGCUGACAAGGCUCCGCUCCAUCACCAGCGCCUCGGAGCGCUCUCCGGCUUUGCUGCCUAGCCCGGCGGCAGCGCGAUCUCUUAGGCGUUUUCACCGCCUUCCUCUCCAGGCCUUGCCCCUUUGACGCCGGCAGUCGCGAUAUUGCGGAGACUGGAUUUCAGCUUCGUGGUCGGCGGAGCGGCCCCUAGAGGGCGCAGUGCGCAGGCGUGAGCGGUCGGGUGCCGACGCGCGCGGGUCUCGUUUGGAGUGGGAGUGAGUUCCUGAGCGAGGGGACCCGGCAGCGGGCGAUAGGGGGGCCAGGUGCCUCCACAGUCAGCCAUGGCAGCGCUACGCUACGCGGGCCUGGACGACACGGACAGUGAGGACGAGCUGCCUCCAGGCUGGGAGGAGAGAACCACCAAGGACGGCUGGGUUUACUACGCCAAUCACACCGAGGAGAAGACUCAGUGGGAACAUCCAAAAACUGGAAAAAGAAAACGAGUGGCAGGAGAUUUGCCAUACGGAUGGGAACAAGAAACUGAUGAGAAUGGACAAGUGUUUUUUGUUGACCAUAUAAAUAAAAGAACUACCUACUUGGACCCGAGACUGGCAUUUACUGUGGACGAUAAUCCGACAAAGCCAACCACCCGGCAGAGAUAUGACGGCAGCACCACUGCCAUGGAAAUUCUCCAGGGCCGGGAUUUCACUGGCAAAGUGGUUGUGGUCACUGGAGCUAAUUCAGGAAUAGGGUUCGAAACCGCCAAGUCUUUUGCCCUCCAUGGUGCACAUGUGAUCUUGGCCUGCAGGAACCUGGCAAGGGCGAGUGAAGCAGUGUCAUGUAUUUUAGAAGAAUGGCAUAAAGCCAAGGUAGAAGCAAUGACCCUGGACCUCGCUCUGCUCCGUAGCGUGCAGCAUUUUGCUGAAGCAUUCAAGGCCAAGAAUGUGCCUCUUCAUGUGCUUGUGUGCAACGCAGCAACUUUUGCUCUACCGUGGAGUCUCACCAAAGAUGGCCUCGAGACCACCUUUCAAGUGAACCAUCUGGGGCACUUCUACCUUGUCCAGCUCCUCCAGGAUGUUUUGUGCCGCUCAGCUCCUGCCCGUGUCAUUGUGGUCUCGUCAGAGUCCCAUCGAUUUACAGAUAUUAACGACUCCUUGGGAAAACUGGACUUCAGUCGCCUCUCUCCAUCAAGAAACGACUAUUGGGCAAUGCUGGCUUAUAACAGGUCCAAGCUCUGCAAUGUUCUCUUCUCCAGUGAGCUGCACCGUCGCCUCUCCCCGCGUGGCGUCACGUCAAACGCAGUGCAUCCUGGAAAUAUGAUGUACUCCAACAUUCAUCGCAGCUGGUGGGUGUACACACUGCUGUUUACCUUGGCGAGGCCUUUCACCAAGUCCAUGAGUCUGAGGUUGGCAGCUAAAGAUGAGAGAUGGAAGGUCAAGUGCAGCAGAAGAGAGAAACAGGGAGAGUGGAGGUUGUUCUCUAGAACACAGAAGCCGCUUCUUCAUCCCACACAAUGGAAACCAGAGCCCAGAUGAUAUUAACGAGAAGUUCCAGAAUUGCAGAUGGCACUUUGCUGCUUAGGGAGGGGGGAGAAGAAGAAGGAGAAAAAGAAGAAAAAGAAAAAGAGCAGGUGGAAACUUAAAAAAAAAUGGUUAGCUGCAUGUAAAUGGCUUUUAUUAUAACUGCUAGGCUGAACCAGAAGACUUGAGCUAUGUAAAAAUGUCACUUGCUCUUAUCACGGUUCAUAGAGAUUACCUUUCAACGCGAGUUUCAUUUUCAUUUCUUCCAACACUUAGAGAAGCGAGCGAGGCAAUGACUCCUUUAUUCCCUAACCCUCGCCCAGCAACUUGCCUCUUCCUCUGUGUUUUGUGUCAUUCUGUAUGAUAUUGCAUCAAGGCAAUUCAUGGCAGUGGUUGAACCAAAAGCAAUUUAAGUCAAAAAUGGACAAAUAUGGAUGUCACUUAGAAGGCUUAUUCAAAGGUCUUUGACAUCGCUCAAAGCCUGAACACUUCUCAGGAGUGAGAUGCUUUUUUUUUAUUUUUUAUUUUUAUUUUCUAGCAGUGCAAGAUCGAAGAUUUAAUACAGACCUCUUAGUGAGGCAUCUGCGUGGUUCCAUAAAUAGUUUUAGAAACUAUUUAUUGGUGAACCAGAUAUUUUGUAUGAUAUACCAAGAAAUAGGGGCUGACAAAGAUUGAGUGAUUAGAAAUUCAAGGUGAAUUUCUAUAUAUUACUUUGACUUGGUAAUUUGUGAUAACAAUAGCCACCAUGUACCUGUACUUCCUAGAUUUGGGCAUGGUGUUAGGAGUCUUAUAUUUAUUAUUUUACUUAAUUUUUAUAGUCAUCCUGUGUAGAAAUAUCAAUAAAUAUAAAGGUAAGUGUUAUUGUCCCCAUUUUACAGAUGAGAAAACGGAGUCCCAGGGGCCUACCUGCUCAAGGGCACAGAAAGCUUGAAUGAGUAAAUUUACUGUGUGUUGUUCCAAAGGUUUCUCCAAAGGUCUUUUCACCUCCCAAGUCUGUUCUCAUUUUGAGAAAGACUGGCCCAGUUAGAGGCCAGGAAUCCAUCUUGGCCGUGUGCCUUCUGCUUUGUCUCUGGGGUUAUGGGGAAGGCUGGUAGCUUGAGAGCCUCCUCCUUCAAUUCUGUCAGGCUGCAUGCACAUUGGAAGGUAGCUUUUCAGGUUGUGGUGGAUGGUGGUGAAGCAGAGGGAUGCAAAGCAAGGUACAUGGAGGGCUGUGCCUUGAUCAUUCCCAGGAAGCAAAGCGAGCAUCAAAAAAAGAGUAGUUGGACCAUGGCGUUGCAGAGUGACAGUGAACCAGGAACAGUACCCCACACCCUGGAGGGUCAAAGAGCUGACUUCAGAGAGACGUUAGGUGCUCCUACAUGUUGAUUCUUAGAGAACUAAUGACACGAUUGCAUCUUAAAAUGUUGAGAGUUACACAUAUAUACAAUACGAAUAUUUUGUUUGGCUGCAAAAGAAUUAUAAAAGAGUGAAAAAUCCAAUCCCAAAAGAUUACACUGGUAGGAUUCCAUUUACAUAACGUUGUUGAAAUUAGAAAAUUAUAAAAAUAGAAAACAGAUGGCUGGGCACGGUGGCUCACUCCUGUAAUCCCAGCACUUUGGGAGGCCACGGCAGAUGGGUCACGUGAAGUCUGGAGUUUGAGACCAGCCUGACCAAUGCAGUGAAACCCCGUCUCUACUAAAAAUACAAAAAGUUAGCCGGGCGUGGUAGCACACACCUGUAAUCCCGGCAACUCGGGAAGCUGAAACGGGAGAAUUGCUUGAACCCAGGAGGCAGAAGUUGCAGUGAGGCCAGAUCACGCCCCUGUACUCCAGCCUGGGCAACAGAGUGGUACUCCAUCUCAAAAGAAAAGAAAAGAAAACAGAUGAGUGAUUGCCAGGGACUGGAGAGGAGUGGGAGGUGAGUGGGAGCCAGAGUGGAUAUAAAACAGCAACUGGAGGAUCCUGGUAUAGAUGGAAAUAUUCUGCAUCUUGACUGUCUCAAUGUCAAUUUCCUGGUUGUGAAAUCGUACUAGAGUUUUGUGAGAUACCACCUUUGGGGGAAACUGGAUCAAGGGUGCAUGAGAUUGUUGUAUUAUUUCUUAAAACUGCAUGCGAAUCUACACUUAUCUCAAAAAUAAAAACUUUCAUUAAAAUCAAAUAACUGCUCAACAUUUGGGCGGAAAAAUCAACAAGUAAAUUCAAAUCACCCACGAGCCCACCACCCAGAGAGAGUCACCACUUCUAUUUUGAUAUAUUUUAUCCUCCUCCCUUCCAGUCUCUCUCUUCUGUUCCUACAUAUAAAAUGGAGAGGUUUUAAAAUGUAAUUACAUCUAACCCUCCCUUGGCUUGGUAAUAUCCAACCUUUGCAUGUCUUCAGAGAGGUCCAAAGGCUGUGCUGAAACUUGUUGGUUUGGCAUUGAUUUUGACAAAAGACAGCAACAAGAUCCCCUUUCUAGGAACCCAUGUGGAUUACUAUGGAUUCAGAAAGGAUGCAUUUUAUGUACAGGGCUGUGACCUUUUUUUUUUCUCCCUUCCUCAUGCUAAUAGGUGUUAAUACUUUGCAAUAAAUAUUACUUAUGUCUGUGAAUUGAACUGUAUCCCAGACUGUCAGCACAUAUUUAUUUUCUCAUUUUAAUUUCUUCAGGUUCUCACUCUUAUGGAGGGUGGGGAGGGGGUAGAAUAAGGUUAGGCUGGAGGGCAUAUCUGAUUUGGAAAAUACAUCCCUGGUGAUGUUCCUACCAAGUGAUAUGCUUGGUUGGUGAUGAUAAAUUGGGACUGAGGAAUGGGUUAGGAGAAGGCUUGGAGAACCCAGCUCCCAAAACUGUCUCAUCAUCCUCUAGAGAUAUUUCUCCAAGUGCUUUUGUUUCCAGUGACCUCCCAACCCCAGGCACUAGCGAAGCCUUCAGGCAGGUAAGCACACAAAUCCUACGUUUUCUAGUUGACCAUGUAUUAUUAGCUAGUGACUUGAGCAAGUUGCUUCAUUUUUCUGAUCCUCCAUUCCCUUUUCUGAGCCACAGUUUCUUCAUCUUUGAGUAGAGUUAACAAAUUACUGGCUGUUUGAAAGAUCAAAUGAGUUAGCACAUGAGAACAUGCUUUGCACAAACAAAGUUGUAUGCAAAAUAAGUUUUCACUGUGGGAUGGGAGAAACCCUUUGUGGACAUUGCCUCCCAGUGGACCCUCAGUGUGUACUUGUGGAAUAAUUUUUUAAUAUAAAAUAAUUACCAUCGCUAAUCCUAACUGUGCACAUUCUUGACUCUGUGGCACUGAACAAAAUCCUGAACCUCUCUGUGCCUUGAUUUCUUUCACAUCUUGUUCUAGUUUUGAAGAGCGAUUCUUGUGUGAAUUCAGGGAGAGGAGGCAUGAGGCAUGGUAAGGACACCGUUCGUCUGUGGUUGACAAAUUCAUUAGGCCCACAGUCCAUGCAAAAGUCCUCAUGCCUCUGCAGCACAGUUAUAAUGAAGAGGAGUGAUGGUAUGGCAUGAUCCUGCUACUAACAGAGGCUUAUUUCAUAGUGUCUACAGAGCCAGUGGUUUAUUUUGCAUUGUUUAUGUCAGCAUUAAGCAGUAUUCUUACACAAUUUGUAAGUCUUAAAAUUCGCUAUCUACUCUAGUAGUUGCUCCAACUGUGAUGUGCUCACAAAUCACCCAGGGAUCUUGUUAAAUUUGGAUUCUCAUUUCAGUAGGUCUAGGUGGGGCCUGAGAUUCUUUGUUUCCUUUUCUUAUUUAAUUUUUGUGGGUACAUAGUAGGUGUGUAUGUACAUAUGUAUAUGUAUAUAUAUGUAUAUAUAUAUGUGGUUUUUUUUCAAAAACAUUGUGGGUACAUAGUAGGUAUAUAUAUAUAUAUAUAUAUAUGUGUGGUCUGUGUUUCUUAUAAAUUGGUGAUCCCCCAGGGGAUGCCUGCCUUGUUGGUCCGGGUAACACUCUUUGAGUAGCAAACAUGUAGAUGUAGUUCUCAACAGUAGGACUACGGCCAUUGGAGGAGGCAUUUUGGAAAUUUGGAAAGGCAUUUUGGUGGCCUUUGGCACUUAGCAGGUGGGGUCCACAGGUCCAUCCUGUGAUGCCAUAGGCAGUCCAAUAUAACAAAGAACUGCCCUCGUCCCAGUAACAUACACGUGUGCCCCCGGACAUUUAUUUUGAUAAAAAAUUUGUUUCCAGUGAUCUGACCCCAGAAUUCACUGUGCUUACACAGAUACACAAUGUGCACUGAGUCUUCCAGAAAUGCAGGGGCCUUCUAAAUCAAGGGAAGAUUGUGUGGUGUUUUGUUCCAAUCUUUACCAAGGUCUCAAUACUAUCUUGAAACAUCAUGCAACGCUGCUCAUAAUAUUUGAGUCACCAUAACAUGUGAUCUGUCUACAUAUGUAGCUGUUUUUAUUCAUGGUGAUUAAAUAAUUGUGUGCUAGAGCUGCCCUCAGCGAGCAGCUCAUGAGAGCAGAUUUUGCCUAUUUCUUCCAAAAUCUACAUUCAGUGAUAUCAUGUUGGUAGGUUGAAACUGACCAUGGUGGGAAUAUUUACACCAUGGAAAUUGGCAAAUGCUACUAGUCAGGAUGAUUGUUGUAGUUUUCAUUUUGUAAUUUUCAGAGUUGGUUUACCAAUAUGAUGUCUGUAUUAAAAUAUAUGUAAUGCUGCUUUCAAAAUGUUAAGUAUUAUGAGGAUACAUUAACAAAAUUCUGGCGAACUUUUUGUCUUAUUUUUCUUGAAUCGAAACCUAUAACUAGGUGCAAACAUUUGACUAUUUCAUUAUAGGCUUCUGAUAUACUCCUGUCCGAGCAGUUAGCUUUGAAAAUGCGUACUAUUUUAUUGUCAAUUAUGUUUUCUUAAAAAAAAAUUUAUAAUUAUGACUUAUUACCUUUGCUAAUUAUGUGUGUGAGUAGAUUAUGUUAUUCAUGAAUUUUAUUUCAGGACCUUGGUAAGGGGUUAUAAAAUAUUUCUUUUGAAACAAGGGUCUUGAUUGUUGGGCUUGAGUGUCCUGAUGUAAUUAAUGCAGUGGGCAGAGCUGGCAGACGUAUGGGACACCCAGCUAUUCUCUGGAAGGGAAGGGAUAUAAGAGACACACUAUAAAGGUGAAUGGUAAUUGGCAUCUCCCCUUCAAGGUGACCAGGAGGAUCUGAGCUGCCUGGGUGCCUUUGUGGAAGUGUGUUUUGAACUGAGGUUAGAGAGAUCAGCAAUGUAUCUCUUAAAGUAAUCCAGGAGGAGUUCAUUUUCAACUGAUUCAGCAAUGGAACACUUGAAGAGGAGGACGCCAAAGUUCAAAAUGGGUUGGGUGCAGUGGCUCGCUCCUGUAAUCCCAGCUCUUUUAGAGGCUGAGGCAGGAGGAUCGCUUGAGGCCAAGAAUUUGAGACCAGUCUGGGCAACAUAGCCAGACCCCAUCUCUGCAAAAAAAAAAAAAAAAAAAAUUAAGUUAUCUGGGCUUGGUGGUUACAUACCUAUAGUCUGAGCUACUCGGGAGGCCGAGAUGGGAGAAUUGCUUGAGCCUGGAUGUGUGUGGCUAUGGUGAGCUAGGAUCACGCUACUUUACUUCCACCUGGGUGACAAAGUGAGACCUGUCUCAAAAAAGAAAAAACAAAAAGUUGGAAAUGAGUGGGAAAGGAUCUAAGAUGAUUGGAAAGAGGGCACAUAGAAUACAAGAGGAGUUGGGCAUGCUGGCUCAUGCCUGUAAUCCCAGCACUUUGGGAGGCCAAGGCAGAUGGAUUGCUGGAGUUCAGGAGUUUGAGACCAUCCAGGGAAACAUAGUGAGACCCCAUUUCUACAAAAAGUAAAAAACUCAACUCACGCCUGUAGCCGCAGCUACUCAGGAGGCUGAGGUGGUAGAAUCGCUUGAGCCCAGGAGGCGGAGGUUGCAGUCAGCCAAGAUCACGCCACUGCACACCAGCCGGGUUGACAGAGUGAGACCCUGUCUCAAAUAAAAAUAGAAUACAAGGGGGGAUGAAUAUAGAGUUAAAAUACACUCUCUAGAAAAAAGUAAGAAAUAUGUAAAGAAAUCUAAUUUAGAAAAAUGCGUGCACACACAGGUACGCUUCACAAGACUGGCAGGUGGAGAGGAUGUUUGUUAACAGGGCUGGCUAUUUUACUUUAAGUGCUGCAAACAUUGCAGUAAUGUUUGGGUCUUUGCUUUUGGCAAUCACUUCUCUUGUUAAUUUUUUUUGGCACCAUAGAAAUGUUUCCAUAAAUAGUGCAUUUAAUGGAGUGUGUUACUUUAUUACUGUCAGCCACUGUCCUAGGAGAGGAAAAUUCAAUAAACACAAAAGCAAAGAUUAGAACAUAGAAAGCUUCCAAUUCCAGAUCCUUCAUGAGCUUGUACCUCUAAAGAAUGCAAUUUUUCUAUUUCUCCACCUGCAAAAUUCUUACUUUUUGGGGUGGUAAAGCCACCUAGGUCAGUGUCAUGUCCAACCCAAUCUGUAAAAUAUUGAUUACUGUGGUGCCUGUUUUGUUGACUUACAAAGCCAAUCGCCCCUUUCUAUGCUGCUAAGAUGCGAAUGCCCAGCUCAGGGGAUGAGAUAACUGUCAGCUUUGCCUAAGCUUUGGGCAUUAGCACCCUCCAUAUGCAACAAACCCACGAAUGAAAUGUUUUGAUUCUUUGACACAGAAUGAUUGGAAAUCACUUCCUUGGCUAGAGCAGGGAUCCAGUGUAAAGGAGGAAGUAAAAACAAAAAAGCAUAAAUAGAUGAGAAAGUGAGCAAAUCACACUCAUCGAGGAGCAAAAUAAUUCAUUCCCUCUCCCUGGCUCAGCAUGGAUGCAAAUAAUGUAUCAUUAAGUAAGUCCCCAAUACAAAGACAGCCAGCAUAACUGUUGCAUCAAAUAUUUAGCCAGAGCCAAAAGCAAUUUAUUAUGUUUUUUUGAAUAAGUUUGAUUUACUAACCUUCAGCACAAUCCCUAUUUUUAGAGGUUGGCUCAUAUUUUUAAUUUGUUUUCUCUGAAGCGCUGCAUCCUUGGUAGCGUUUCAGCUGUCCACUCAGUUCCUAAUGGCAGAGCAACACCGAAAAGCGUAAUUACAUUUCCUAAUUAUGUGUAAUUAGGCAAAACCCAGAUGAUGUAUUCAACAUGCUCUGAGAAUAGCCAAGGGUUAAAGACUGCUGGAAUUUGGUAACAUUUUUAUAAAUAAGCUGGUGCGUUAUUUAACGUGGGGGGGUCUAAGGUGAUGCUGGGUGCCUUGUAGACCGAUACCGUGGUUGAAAUCUGUCGCGUUUGUUUAUUUAGCCAAGUAAAACUGUAAGUGAUUCGCCACCUCCAUACCUUCCCCUCUUUUGGAAACCAGAGUUUAGAUGUGCUAUUCUUAGCCCAAGAGAGGCCCUCUAAGCUCAGAACCAUAAAGUUCUGCUUACUGACAGCCUAAGUGAUAUUUAUUUUUUCAAAGCUUAAUCCUUUUGAAACAUAGAGAAAUAAAUACAUCCUCUUAUCUACCAUAUGCCUGGGACGGGAAAUAAAUUCUUAUUUUCCUGCCGUGUGGUACCAGUGGGUUACGAUGAAUAAUUUGGGCAGUCUCACUGAAGAUAAUAGGGAAGCCUUCUCUAUUACCAGUGAUAAUUAUGAAUCUCAUAAUAGAAAACAUCUCGAGCCCGAACAUCAAUCAGGGAAGAUAAACAAUGGGAAAUGAUAGGUGUACAAAAGGGAAAAUGGCAACAGCACAUAUGGAGGGAAAGACCGCAGAAUUCUGGCAGGGUUAUAAAUCAUACAGUCAAAUAAUUUACGUGCAAUUAAUAUCCUCAAAUUAAAACAUACGUUUUUAAAGAAAGGUUUUGCAGACUUUUAAGCUGGCCAACUGUCUGCCUUACAAGAUGCAUCUGGAAACCCCAUUGCCGUCCUCCUUCUUUAGUCUUGUAUAUUUAUUUAUCCCCGGCCAGAGUUGGCUGGGGCACAGUCUAGCAGUGUCACCGUGUAAGCUGACCCAGUGACCUCGCUCUAGCUCACCAAGGACUGACCAUACACCAAAGUGGCCAGACCUAGUGGUGGCUGACUCUCAGGAUCUUUGGCCCUGACAGAACAACAAAGACUGGCCUAUUGAGGCAGGAAGUCUUAACUUCCUUGGCCAGCUUGAAAGGCUGUCUCCAACCAUGCGGACACAGCCCAGUGAAGCGCUUGGAAAAGCUACAGACAAAUGGAAAACCUUCAUUCCAAAGGGUCAUUGUCUCCUCCUAUUUAAUAGCCCUGCAUUCAUGCACUUUUUUAUCUUGCUGUCUUUUUUUUUUUUUUUAAGUCAAAUACCAAAGUACUUCUUUAGACUGCUCUUAAAAAAAAAAAGAAUCCAUUCAUAAUUGUGAAAAAAUACUGCCUAUUAGUCUGCUAUUAUGGCUCAGAAUGAAACUUAAGACUGCAUGGCUAAUUUAUUUACUGCAUCGUGGGUGAAGACCAACAAGGUUUGCAGCCUUUCCUCCUAUCUGUCUGCAUGUAGAAAUUCACAGACCAUGGCCAUUCUGACAUGAAUUCAAAUGAGAAGUUUUCCAUUCCAAACCCUGUUUAGCAGCAGCCUGGAGACUGGAGUCAACUGUCAAAUAUGUCCUUAAGGCCACAAACUAUGCUCAUGGAUUUUGUUUUAUAGGCUUAACAUAAUAUUUUAUAAAACAUAUUUUUAAAGAAAUGUGUAAUUUUUCCCCCAAAGCAAGGGUUUUCCAAUGCCAUCUAAUUUACUAAGUGUGGCUUUGCUGCGUAAUAGUCCAUAAUUUAUAGUCAGCCUCCACAAGGCAAAAAAUAACUCUAAGCUAUGAUUAAGUAAGUAAUGGACAAGGUAACUAAUAUUUCCGGAAGGAUGGCCUUCCAGACACUCAUUUUAAGUGACAAAAUGGUUGAAGGUUGAGAUAUGUAGUCCUGUACUAAUUUAAUGGAAUCAAGAAACGACAUUAUAAGCUGGCUUAUCUGGGCACUUAAGACACGGAGCUGAGAGUGAAUAUGAGAGUGAAUAUUCUCCACGUCCAUUUUAAUGAGCCUGUGCCUCAUUUUCCCCAUUUAAGAUAGAUGGGUUUAUGUCUAAUUGUGCCACCAGUUUUUCCCAUAAAAUAAUUCAUUUGGAAGGGGUGGCCUACUCCAGUCUGAACCAAUUCUAAGAUGGUAGCGUGGAUGCGGGAGGCACUGCACAGGACGGAAAGCAUGGACUUUGGAAUCUGGCACAAGUGGAUUUGAAUUCAGACUUAGUCAUCAGGAGCUGUGGGACCUUGGGAAAGGUUUGUUUGUUUGUUACAAUUUUAAAAUUUUGAAAUAAAUGUUGGCUUACAGAAAAGCCAUAAAGAAUACUGCAAAGAUUUCCCAUGUCCUCUUCACUCAGCUUCCUCUAAUACUAACAUGAUACAUUUUUCAACACUGAGAAAUUAACCUUGUUAUGAUGCUAUUAACUAAACUCAGACUAUAACUGACCAACAGACUUUAUUUGGAUUUGACGGUGUAUCCUCUUCCAUCUUUUACAACCAGGUACCACCUGGCAUUUAUUGUCAUACCUCUCCAGUCCCCUCUGGUCUGGGACAGUUUCUCAUGAAUUAUUUUUUUAAUGGCCUUGAAAUUUUUGAAGAGUUCUGGUCAGGUAUUUUGUAGAAUGCCUGUAAUUUGGGUUUGUCUGAUAUGUUUUCUUGCUUAGAAUGAAGUGGUGCAUUUUUGGGAGGAAUAUACCUAAGUGAUGUGGCAUUCUUCGGCCAUCAACUCGGAGGAUGUAUAAUGCGAAAGUAUCUUAUUACUAGUGAUGUUAGCCUUGACCUCUUGGUUAAAGUGGUGUCUGCCAGAUUUCUCCACUGUAAAGGAUCAAUUUUUCCUUUUGUAAUUAAUAAAUAUCUUGGGGGAGUUACUUUGGGACUACUCCUCAAAUUUUCAUCCAUUAAUUUUUGCAUCCCUCUGGGGAUCUUGCCUGCAAUGAUUAAUACUGUGGUGUUCUCAUGAUUGAUAUUGUCUUUCUCUCAUGCCUUCUAUUUAUUGGUUGGAAUUCUUCUACAGGGAAGGCUGUUUCUUCUUCUUCAUUUAUAUCAGUAUGGAUACAUGAAUAUUUAUUUUAUUCUGUAGGUCAUAAUACAACCGUAUUGUGAUAUAUUUUGUUGCUCAAAUUGUUCCAGCUUUGGCCCAUAGGAGGUCUUUCAGGCAGGUUUCUGCCCCCUUUUGUCACGCCCCAUUCUUUUUUGAGCACUUUCUUAUUUUUUCACACUGUAAGAGGCUUUACACUGUCAUCUUGGACUUCCCUGCCUCAGUCUCGGAAUUAACUCAUUCUCCAUGGAGCCUUGGUUCGUUUGAUUGUAGAAUCAUAUUUAGAACGAAGAUCUAGGUGCUAGUUGUGCUCAUUACUGCUGGGGUGUCAUCGCUUCUAGAACUUCUCAACAGAGUUUAGAAAUAUGUAUAUUAUUCUAACCCAUGCACGUACACCUAUCUCCAUUUAUUCCUGUAUCUCUGCAUAUAAUUUUCAUUUAUUUAUUUGUAUUUCUAUCUGGACACAUUCCAUUAUUUAUUCAUAAAUUUAUAACAUAUCAGUAUCUAUUAUAAAUUAUAUGUAUGUACAUUUUAAUGUGUGUUUGUACCUCAUUCCAAUCCAACACAACAAGUGGGUUUUUUCAGACUUGUUUCUUUGUUUUUUUUCUUUUUGUGGGGAGCAGGGUCUUGCUUUGUUGCCCAGCGCAGUCUCAAACUCCUGGGCUCAAGCGAUUCUCCUGCCUCAGCUUCCCUAAGUGUUGGGAUUAUAGACUUGAGUCACUGCAUCUCGCCACAACUGGGUUCAUUAUUCUGACCUUUCUUUGGGAUGUUAUUUAACUCUCAGUUUCUUCUUCUAUAAGAUGGAAAUAAUAACAGCUAAAGGUUAGGAUUUGGGGAAGGUAUGGUAAAUUGUAAAAAUGGUAACUUGUUUAAAAAGAAAAAAGAAGAAAAAGGAAAACAGUAUUUCCCUCGCUGCAUCAACACCCAUCCUGUAUGACUGGCAUUGCCCAGUGGAAUCUUAGCAGCAGAGGCAUGACAAGCGUUCGGAUGCUGGGACUUUCUAUGUCGUUGCUUACAACCGUGUGACCACUGCAUGAACAAGCCUGAGCUGACCUGCUGGAGGAUGGUGGCCACAUAAACGGAGAGUAGUUGCCCCAGCUGAUAGCCUGCCAGUGCCUGGCAUAUGAGUGAGGUCCCUCUAGAGUCAUGUAGUUACUAGCCAAGCUACCACUUGACCCCAGACACACCAGAGAGCCGAGCAGAUAUCAGCCAAGACAACCCACACCAGAGAAAGAGCACAGCCCAUUCACAGGCUCAGAAACUAAAUGCAAGAAAAAUGGUCACUGUUUUUACUCACUGGGUUUUGCAGGGGUUUAAUAUCCAGCAAAUGCCAAUGAAUUAGAGUUGACAUAUGGAAAACAAGUAAGAGUAACUUUGUACACCGUGGGGUCCCAAUCAGUGCUGCUUUUCGUUGUUGAUGUUGUUGUUAAUGUUGAGAAAAUUUUCAAGUCAUGUUCGCCCCUUUACACCUUCACAGACAGUCUAACUAAAUGCACUGUAUUUGCUAACUUUUGGAACUUGGCUUUUGGACUAGACCAGCACCUCGAGAAAGAACCACUGUUAAAAUGUAAGGCUCUGAGUGUUUAUCAGCUCACACCAAGGAAGAGAGAGCUCAGGAGAGACUGGGCAUGAGGUGGAGUGAGCACCCUGAAUGCUGGGGAAUGGAAAGUCCUUUAUCUGGUGUUGCCUAAGGGUACGGGGAACCUGGCCUGGUGUCGGGAGGAAACAGGGUGCAGAAUAGGAAGUGCAGGAGUAUCUAAGUGGCCAAAUUUAGCCUAAUUAACAGAUUUGCCUAGGGCUGACCCUGAAGCAGAAAGCAAAGCCUAGAUCAGUCUGCUCUCCUCCUACCAACAGGGUAAUGAUGAGGUUGAACCACCAGUUCUCAAUCGCAUACAUGAGAUUCCCAAAAUAGACGGGAGUUACACAGAGACAUUUUUUUUUUU